CCUGGAGGAGAGUUCAGAGUCACCGCUGCGGUCUGUUUGGAGGAUAACAUUCACCGGAGUCUGCAAACAUGGUCGAGCAAUUUGUUGGGACAUGGAAGAUGAUUUCCAGCGAGAAUUUUGAUGACUAUAUGAAAGCGAUCGGUGUGGGAUUUGCAGUCCGGCAGGUGGGAAACCGGACUAAGCCCAAUUUAAUAGUGUCCGUGGACGAUCAGGGGACGAUCUCCCUGAAGUCUCAGAGCACCUUCAAAACCACUGAAAUCAAGUUCAAGCUCAACGAGCCGUUCGAGGAGACGACCGCAGAUGACAGGAAAACCAGGACUGUGGUGACUCUGGAGAAUGGCAAGCUGGUGCAGAAACAGAGCUGGGAUGGCAAAGAAACGAAUAUCGAGAGGGAGAUCUCGGAUGGAAAAUUGAUAGCGAAAUGCAUUAUGGGGGACGUGGUUGCAGUGAGGACAUAUGUCAAGGAGGCAUGAUGGAGCCAUUUCCAUUUUGCUUUUUUUUUUCUCCUCCCAACCCACUUGUUUGAUGCGUUGCUGGAUGACAGGCUCAGUUCAAUGAGCUGAAUACCAAAC